AUGCCGCCAAAGAAGGUCAAACCGGAAGCUGCACCAGAGCCGAAGCCCAAGCCGAAGGCCAUCGAAGCGAAGCCGGUCAAGCCAACAGCUCGCAAGGCCAAAGAGCCAGCCGUCUUCACUCUAAUGCCGAAGGAUGCUGGUGCGCUUACCCUGGUCGACGUUCAGUACGAAGGGCUCUCGCUUGAAGCCAAGCCGACGCAGAGGGGGGGCUAUCGUCAUGUGCUCAAGCUGGAAGCGGCUAGCGCGUUCACCAUGGUCCAGACAUAUACAAUCGCAGAAGGUGAAUUUGUUGGUCAUCAGGCAAUCAUCAUCCGCCCCGCCAAGCCUUUCGACUUCCUCAAGCUGCCGAAGGAGCUUCGUGCUCGCAUCUACGGGUUUUACUUCGCCGCGAAGGGCGUCGUGGGUGCGCCUAUCGUGCUCGACGGCAAGCGGACCGACACUAAGGAGGUCUAUGCAAAGCAUUAUGCUGAGGGCAGCAAGUCUCGCGUCGGACUUCUUGCAGUCAACAAAGAGGCAGGCAUAAAUAGCGCGCCCUCCUGUUUAUUCAUCAUGGAGCCAUCAACUAUCUUCUAUGCGCACACCCUGCGCCUGGAAUCCACGUCUGCCCUGCUGGAGUUCCUCAUGCAAGCUCCGUCCGAGAUUAAGCCACUCCUCAAGUCCAUUGAAGUGAAGACGUUCAGCAAAUCGUCCGCGCGCAACGCGUUCUUCUCGUUAGCCGCCGACGCGAAGAACAUUACCAAGCUGCGGUUUGAGCAGGGCGUCUACGCAGGUACCGAUCCGGCCGCGGCUGUCAAGUCAUUCUACGCCGACACCUACAAAUUCCUGACUAGCAUUGGACAAGUCAAGGGCGCGAAGGAUGCAGGUGUUGAUAUUCUUGAGUUCGGGAAGCAAGCCUUUACCGACAAGGUGAAGGAGGGCAAGGCGUGGAGCAAGGAGGACCGCGAGCAGUUCAUUGCGAAGCUGCGGGAGAAGUUAAGGUGA